AUGUACAGCAACCACGCUUUGAAUCCAGAUGGUACUUGUUUUAAUUGGGACCAAAUGAGGCUCGAAGAACAAUCUGACUCGAAUCUUUCCUCCAAUGGGAGCAUAACACCAAAAUCUGUAGGUUAUUCCAUGCAUUCUAGGUUAUCAGAAAAGAGACAACAAGAAAAUGACGCUUUGAAUAUUCAAGAUUCUCCUUCCAUAGUUUCAAGUGUGAUAUCAAACAGGCGAGAUCGGGCACAAGAAGUUUUUGGACCUCAUUCUUCAUCUCCUAUUGCCACCUCGGAACAGCAACGAAUAAAUCAGAGAUCACAAUUAGUAUCGAUGAGAUCAUCUAAACGUCAACAGAGAAUGACAGAGAAACGGGGCGGUUUAGAAAAAAUGGAACAGAUGAUCAUGCAAGGUGAGCGUCUUCGAGAGAUUGAAAGACUGAAACAGGAAGCUCAAAGAAAUGCGGUCCCUUCAGACAUGGCUGAGUUCAUGGAGUGGGAAAAUAAUGAGGAUCUGGAAGACGAUGAUUUGCUUGCCUUUAUCGAGAAGCAGGAGAGUUAUAAAAAAGAGCUAGAACAGCUUUUGAACAACCCUAAUAGAAAUGCUCACGCGAAUAAUUCGUUUUCAGAUUAUCACACGUAA